GCCAAGGCGAUUAUGUGAUGUUCCACGCCGAAUAUCAGGCAAUGCCGCCUCCGGGGCUUCUUGUUCUCCUUCCCGCAAUAUUUCCCGCAGUUCGGCUAGCUGUUUGCCUGCUGGUGGGGGCAUCAGGUACACGCGCCCUCUGUACUGCAGCACCUCCGUCGCUCUUCUGUCCCGAGCAGCGACGACCAUUUUCUUACUCGACGUACUCGACAUCUCUACCGACCGCCCGGCGAUACCGGGUCGAGCACCUCCACACGCACCAGGAUACAUUGAGCUACUCGCACGCAAGUGAUGACCAAUGAUCUCUCCUCGCCGCUCGCGAGUGGGGCCUGGAGCGGAAGCAGGAAUGCGAACGGGAAUGCGACGACGCUGACGGUGUGGAACGACGAGGCAGACAUGGACUACGUCGCUGUCAUGCAGAACCUGGACUAUGCCUUUGUCUACGUGAGCCUUGGCAUCAUGCUACGAAAUCCUGAUACUCAACGUCCCGAUACCCAGGUCUUUGACUACAUCCUCACGUUUCAGGACGAGGUGCGACCCACCCUUGCCUCCCUCUCAUUCCUGCGAGACGCAAAGCUCACGCGCGUCAAGGUGCUCUACCUCCUCUGUAAAUACCCAACAUUCAUAGCGCUGGGAUGCAGCACCUACUUUGCUAUGGAUCGGGAUCUUGACUCCUGUUCACUCCUUUAUGACAUCUUCUCGUGGCUCGACGCUUUCACACUCGUAGUCGCCGAAUACCUGCUCAUACUGCGCGUCUGGGCGCUCUGGCGGUCUAACAGAUUCAUUCUGAUUACGAUGGGCACUAUAUGGGUCGUGAGUCUUCCUCCCUCCCUCCACAAGCACUCCGUGGUGAUGCUAGAGCACGGACAGGCCAUGGCGAUAUCGCUCAUCACCGCGCAGAUAUGGGUCAGCGUCGACGGAACCAUCGUGACAUCCGCCUCCGCCAAAACGGGCCUCACGGGGUGCUUCACGAACAACAGGCAGAGCAGCAUCCACUCCAUCUCCGGUGUCCUCGCCGCCGUCAACGAGAUCCAAGGCCUCGUCUACACAGCCUACGCCGCAUACCGCUUCUUCCUCUCCUCCGGCGGCCUGCGCAGCUCCCUAAGUCUAACCGGCGGCAUUGGCAGUGGCAACAGCGGCAACGGCAAUGGAGGCGUCGGCAUGCGCCAGAGCCUCGCGAUGCGCGUGCGCAGCGCAAGCCAGUCGAGAGCAGCGAGAGCGCGGAGCAACAGCAGGAUUGUCCUCGGCGGCGGCGGCGGUGGAGGAGGAGGAGGCAACAGUGACGGAGGGGACGACGAGGAGCACCAUUUUUUCCUGCAGAGUCCGCUCGUGAGCGCGCUGGUGCAGCAUAAUGUGUUUUACUACGCGUGUGCGCUUGCGUUCACGGCGACGGCUGCUGUGCUCAUGGCGAAGUACCCUGCAAUAUACUCCGUCACAUUCUCAAACCUCCAAGUGACCGUGAACGUGAUGCUCGUGACGCGGAUGCACCUCGAGCUGUGGAAGACGGACCGGACGCAGUGCAGCAUCGACACGUUCUCCUGCGGGAGCACGUACGUCGAGCUCGAGUUUGCGCGCGAGGCUUGCGCUUGAUCACGCACUGACCGCUCGAGGACCGAAAGACUGGAGGAACGGUGACGGCGACGGUGCCGAUGGACAUCCGCGCGCGAAAAGCAGAGAAACAAAGAAUACGACACUCGUUUGGAUUUUAACAUCACAAUGCACUGUGGAGAACCGGUGUAUGAGCGGACGAUAGAUGGAAGGAACGAUACCGCAUUUUGCUGCAUACAUACCCACCACAUACUUGCUUACAACUUACAAUUACUUAGCUACAUGAACUUUCAUACCAUAUAUACCACAUCACAGCAUUAGCCACUCUAUGCUUCUCGUAAUUAGCGUCGUAGGACGCCGCAGCCGCCAAUAAACACAACCACC